AUAACAUUGAGGAAAUGUCUCCAACGGUAAACCCCGUGUUGACAUAUGACGUCACCGGGUGACGACAGGCGGGGCGGGGCUGUUGUUGUUGCUGUCGUCCGUCACUCGGGAAGCUCCGCCACCGACUCGCUCGCAUCCUCGGUCAAACUCGGUUAAUCUUCGGAUAAAUCAGAAAUCUGCUUCACCAGCUCCGUGAAGGAUCAAAUUUCCCACUGUUAGUUUUUCUCUGUCCGCUACUGCGUCCACUCACCAUGGGGAACUGUUUGACUGUGGGUCCUAACGAGGCUCUGGUGGUCUCCGGUGGCUGCUGUGGAUCUGAUAAUAAGACCUAUAUGGUGGGAGGCUGGGCCUGGGCUUGGUGGCUCAUCUCUGACACUAAAAGGAUAAGCCUGGAGCUCAUGACUCUGCAGCCCCGAUGUGAGGACGUGGAGACAGCAGAGGGAGUAGCGAUCACUGUUACAGGAGUGGCUCAGAUAAAAGUCAUGACAGAGCAGGACUUACUGGCAGUAGCUUGUGAGCAGUUUCUGGGUAAAUCAGUGAUCGAAAUCAAAGCUGUGGUUCUUCAGACUUUGGAGGGACAUCUGCGCUCCAUUUUAGGGACCCUGACUGUAGAGCAGAUCUAUCAGGACAGGGACCAGUUUGCUAAACUGGUGAGGGAGGUGGCAGCUCCAGAUGUGGGCAGGAUGGGCAUCGAGAUUCUCAGCUUCACCAUUAAGGACGUGUAUGAUAAACUGGAUUACCUGAGCUCUCUCGGGAAGACUCAGACUGCUGCUGUCCACAGGGAUGCAGACAUCGGCGUGGCGGAGGCAGAGAGGGAUGCUGGGAUAAGGGAGGCAGAAUGUAAGAAGGAGAUGAUGGACAUCAAAUUCCAGGCGGACACCAAGAUGGCUGAUUCCAAACGAGAACUUGAGCUGCAGAAAGCUGCGUUCAACCAGGAGGUCAACACGAAGAAAGCAGAGGCUCAGUUGGCCUACGAGCUGCAGGCAGCCAAGGAGCAGCAAAAGAUUCGUCUGGAGGAGAUUGAGAUCCAAGUAGUGCAGAGGAAGAAAGAGAUCACCAUUGAAGAGAAGGAGAUUGAUCGCACAGAGAAGGAGCUCAUUGCUAUCGUGAAGAGGCCUGCUGAGGCUGAGGCCUACAAAAUGCAGCAGCUGGCUGAGGGUAACAAGAUGCAGACAGUGCUGAUAGCUCAGGCAGAGGCAGAGAAGAUCAAGAAGAUUGGUGAGGCAGAGGCUUCUUCUAUUGAAGCGAUUGGAAAAGCAGAGGCUGAGAAGAUGAGGCUGAAGGCGGAGGCGUACCAGCAAUACGGAGACGCAGCAAAGACUGCCAUUGUCCUCGAGGCCCUGCCUAAGAUUGCAGCCAAGGUGGCAGCACCAUUGUCCAAGACCAAUGAGAUUGUUAUCCUGAGUGGGGAAAACCACCGUGUGACAGGAGAGGUAAAUCGCCUCUUGGCUGAACUCCCUGUGUCUGUCAACGCUCUCACUGGAGUGGAUUUGUCAAAGAUCCCGUUGCUGCAGAAGAUGAUCAGCACUUAAGCCUGAAAGCCGAUGACUCCAAAUGACUCCAGUGUCUGUCGUAUGCACUCUCAGAGACUGCCUUUAAUACACUUGAAAUAUGUUGUUUUAUACGAAAAUACUGGAAACCAAGUGAAUUUUGGAAACCUCUGGUGCCUUACUUUAUACAGGACCAGAAAAUCUGCAUGCACUGCUGCUCAUUCAAAGAAUAAUUAUUUAGUUUUCACAUGAGAACAUGUUGUGUUGUUUUUCUUUGUUUUUGUAUUUGACUAUCAUAUUAGUGUAUAUCAGCCUGUUUGUAUGAAAUGACAAUGAAGAGGAGAGCUGAUAGUAGAGAGGUGUGAUGACUGACUUACCUGCUGACUUCACCCAGGUUACAUGUGUGAUACCAUGUGAUCUGACAGCUGCUGGUGUGUCACAUGACAAGGCUCCUCGUAUGUCGCAGGCCUGUUUGUGUUCAUUUAUAUACCUCUUUCUUAAAUUGUUGGACACUUCUGCAUUCCCUCAAUACUCAGAAUUUGAACUUUAUUUGUGUUUGUAACUCAAAUGUUUCUGGGGAAGCAGCCCAUUGAUGAGCGCCUGGGGGCUCAGCCUAAAACAAGAACAUGGGUCAUUGGGUCAUAGGACCAUAGUGGAGAAGUUGAAGAGGUCUUGGACAGAGUGGUUUUCGUGGCAGAGGCCUCUUAGAUGCUUCCCUGAGAUCACAUCUCUUGGCUGGCUUGGGAAAAACCUCUGUAUCCCCUAGAGGACUUUGUCUCUGGGCUUCCCCACUGAGACAGCAGAUGUUAUUCAGGUUAUUUUUUGUCUGCUCACAAGGUGCUCACAAUCAGAACAUUAGCCCCUUUCAUUUAAUUGUUUUUAUCUUUGCAAAGAUAAAGAAUAAAAGUACUGUUGGGUACAUGUAUAAAGUCAAAUCUCAACGGUACUCAACCCGACAAAAGACAAAUGCCAAGUAUAUAUAAAGGUUAUCUUUAAAUAUUUAUUUUACCACAAGGAAGGACUUGGGAUUCUGCAGAAUUUGUCUGACUUUUGUGUUUGAUUUCCUACUAUAUUUGUAAAUGUAAGCCAUGUUUAAACAUUUCACAGAAACACACUUUGUGUGUUGUGUGUAGGUGUCUCACUGAUGUGUGCAUCAGUGCACAGGAGCUGAUGCUCAGUUACAGUCAAAGAUGUAGUGAUGACGUUUUAUCCACAUUCACCUCUGCACUCACCUCUACUGAACCCAAAUCCUCCUGACACUGAGAUUUCCUUUGAAACUCAUCUAAAUGUUGUAGUUUUACAUUUUAAAAUACAAAAUGACACAGGAGCAGAGGACUGUUAUGGUUGUUAAUAUUAUUUUGUAGCUGUUGUUCAUUCUCAGUCGGUUUCUGUUUGUAACAUUUGUUACGGGUUUAGUGACUUGACAAAUACUGUGAUCGUAUUGAUUUGUUUUUUUGACAGGCAGACAUUUGAACUGUAGAUGUGUUCAAAGUAUACACUUUACUCUGUCUUUGUGAAAUUAUUUGAUAUAUUUAUAACGUUAUUUGCAACAUGUGUCUCAAAUGGCCAUGAGUUCCUGUAUGCUCUUGCUGCAUGUCAUCCAUCUGUACUCAAAAUGAUCAGUUCUAAGCUAAAUGUCACUCUAAUAAAACAAAUCAUUUA